AUGAAGCCGUCCCGUACCGGGGGGCAGGUGCUCCCCGAACACGUGCUGCUGCGGAAGUUGCUCCCUUCCCUCUCGACCUCUCUCGAGGACAUCUUUACCCACUGGGAAAAAACUCCCUCGAAUUCCAGAAGAAGAAAGGUGAGUGAUGAGGAGGCAGCCAUCCCAGAAAAGAUCAGAGUUCCUGAUCCCGUGAGCAGCUCUGAGAGCUCAGAGAAAGAAGAGGAUGAGAAAGAGAAGGUGAAAGCUGCAAAUGCAGCCAGCCUCUCCCUGGCCACGAACUCAGGAGUGAAUGUAGAAAGCAGUGAAGACGAUGACUCCUCAUCAGAAGAGGAGACACCAGCUGGAAAAGGUGCAGUUACGGUGACACCACCUGUGGUGAGUGGCAAAGCUGCCAACUCCCUGCAUUCUCCUAACAAACCCACUGCCCCAGCAGGCAAAGCAGCAGUGCUCUCUGCUGCAGACAGAACUGUGGUCUCAAAUAAGCAGAAGCCCAACGCGCCAGCUGCGUCUGCAGCUCCGGCCAAGGCUGGGCAGAAACUGCCCAGUCCUGGGAAGCCCGGACAUGCUGCCACAGCCGCGGCCAAAGUAGGUCAAAGCAAAGCACCGGUAAUGACCAAAGCAGCAGAAAGCUCCAGCAGCAGCUCCUCGUCAGAGAGUGAGGAGGAAAAUGAGACGCCAGCUGCGAAGGCCCCAGUGCCCAAAGUGGAGCCGAAGCAGGCAGCUGGGGCCGCUGAGAGCAGCAGCGAGGAAUCAAGUGAUGAGACAUCCUCCGAGGAGGAGCUUGCAACUCCAGCGGUGCAGGCAAAACCAGCUGCGAAAACAGUGCAGGUUAAUGCAGCACCUGUGAAAAGUGCACCUGCUGCUCCAGUGUCCCUCAAGAAGAAUGCAGUGAGGCAAGUGGCACUGGCACCAAACCAGGCCAAACCCGCGUCCACAACGGUUCCUGGGGCUGCAAAGCCCGAUGACACAUCAGAGAGCAGCGACUCAUCAGACAGUGAAGAUGAGGAACCUCCAUCGGUAACCCAAACAAAGCCACCUCCAAAAUCCUCCCAGGCCGUCCCAUCCCCACUGAAACCUACACCAGCAGCAUCACUCUCUGGCAAAGCAGCUCCAGCAAAAACACUUCCACUGUCCCAAGGGAAGCCAGCACCAAAACCAGCAGUGCCAAAGCAGGCCAAAACCACACCGGGAAGGACUGCUGCUCCCACGAAGCCUGCUGAAAGUACAAAGCCAGUGGAGAGCUCUGACUCCUCAGGCAGUGAAGAGGAGGAUCUCCCUGUGCCUGUCAGCCAGAAGAGGUUAACAGAACAGCCUGGGCCUGUUCCCAACCGGAGCCAGGCUGCUAAAGCUGGGUUGCCUGAAAAAGCAGUGGGAAGCACCUUGAAAAGCCAGGCCUCAGAAAGUGGGAGCAGUGACUCGUCUGACAGCGAAGAGGAGUCCCCUGUGGCACAGACACAGCCUCCACAAGCUGUGAAAACCAAUGCUGUGCCCCAGCCAACACACGUGAAGAAGGCACCAGCUCCAGCACCAGCGCCAGCCCCUCCACCUGUGGACAGCAGCGAUGAUUCCAGCGAGGAGUCGGAUUCAGAGGAAGAAGUAGUCCCCCCUUCACAGAGUCUGUCCCAGCAGAACAUCAAAGUAACCAAGGUUUCGAGCGCAGUGGCUGCCAAGGCUAAUGCCACACUGCCUUCGGGGAAGGGGAUAAAAGCGCCUGCUGUCCCUCCAGUUAGCAGAGUGUCUGAGAGCUCAAGUAGUGAUUCCUCGGAGCACGAUGUGCUGGCAGGAGAGGCCCCCACUCCUUGCCUAAAGCAAACGGUUCCUGUGGGAAAAGCUCCUCCAGCCAACACUGCCGCCCCGGAGGCUGCUUCGCUCCUGGGAAGUCCCACUGCCAAGUCAAGGAAGCCAGGCCUGCAGCCAGUGCAGGGCGCCCGGCUGAGCCAGGCCACGCCGCCCACCCAGGCAGAGGAGACCUCGGGCAGUAGCAGUUCCUCAGACAGUGACAAGGAGGAGCCAUGCAAGCAGCCCCCCAAACCUGGCUCGCUGCAGAAACCAGCAGGGACCCAGCCAGCCCACAGCUCCUCCUCGGAGUCCAGUGAGGAGGAGGAGGCAGCGUCGCAGUCCCUCCUCACAGGCUAUCUGGGCCUCUCCAAGACCCCAACAGCACCCCAAGCGCCAAAGACUGUUCCCCCCCAGCCUGUAGGCAAAGUGGGGCAAGGGAAAGCAGCCGUGACUGCUGCAAACUCCCUUGCCAAGGCCUCCGGGAAAGCAGCCCCAGCUGACGGCUCCAGCAGUGACAGCAGUGACUCCGACACAGACGUCGACCAGGUGGCUGCAAACCACAAAGCAGAAAACAACCCCCCUCCAGGGCAGGAAGCCACACAAGCCUCCAACAAAGAGAAAGUGGCAGGAAAAACAGAGCCAGGUCAUGCCAGCCUCAAAUCUUCCCCAGUCAAGAAAGCCCUGGCUGUGAAAGAGAAUGAUGUUGCAGCAAAAGGGGCACUGGUGACCCCAUGGUCCUAUGCAGCGUUCUCCAUCCCACAAUCAGAGGAGUCAAGCUCAGGGAGCGAAGACGAGGUCACCACUGCUGCCAAAGUUCCUGCAGUGCAGACAAUGGAAGGGUCAGAAGAGAAGAAGAAGAAGAAAAAGGAGAAAAAAGAAAAGAAGGAAAAGAAGAAAUCUUCCUCCACGGCAGACAAGGGUGUGAAAACAUCUAAGAGCAAAGACAAAGAGAAUAAAAAGCAGAAAACAUCUCAGAAGCGGAAACUGCCAGGAGAGGAUGGGGCUGUUGGGCAGCCCAAGGAAAAGAAGCGGAAAGGGCAAGCUAACGAAGAAGUUACCAAAAAGAAAAAGAAGAAAGCAGCUGGUGACCUGGAGAAGUUGCCAGGCAGCAAGGAAAAGAAAAAAUCAGCUAAAAAAAAAAAGACUGGAAAGGAAAAGAAGAAGAGCAAAAAGGUGUCUUCGGAAGGGGAGCCGACAGCAGAUGGCUCUGCUGAGGUUCACAAGAAGAAGAAGAAGAAGAAGAAAACAGCUGAGCCUGAAGGAUUGUGAGAAGGUACCGCAUCCCUGUGAUUAAGGAUUUAUGGGUGAAGAUCAAACAGAAGAGAGGAAAAGGAAGCUCAGCAGGAGAAUUCCAACAUUUUUUUAAAUAAUAAUUUAUAACUUCUUUUAACUGUGACUUUUAGAGCAGAGCGGUGUAACUUUCUGCCUCCUCCUGCCCCGCUGGGGCCCAGAGACGUGUUUAUUGCCCCUCCUGACGGCUCGCCUGUUGCACAAGAACUGAACUGAAGGAAGCAGUUUGACCAGAGAAGAGCCAGCUUGCAUAAACUGCUUUCCUCCUAGUUGACACCCAGCCAUCUCUUUCUCAUCACAGAGCUAUAUUUUUAAGAGAAACUUUUACCUUUUUUUUUUUUUUUUUUUUUUUUUCCUUCCCCCUUCUGUGAUUUGUGGUGUCAGUCCUUUUGCUACUAUGGAAGAGAGCUCUUGAGUUUACUUUUUAUUCUAACACUGACGGCAGUGAUUAUCGAGUCCCUGGAGUUGCACUGAACAGCUGUGUCCGGCAGCUGUUCUCGGCCAAGGCGGCGUAAUUUUUUGUGGGGUUUUUUUAUGGCAUAGAAAAUAAAAAAAGA